AUGUCGCCGGCAAAUACCGUCGAUUUGACGACAUUACCUCAUCAUUUGGGCUGCAAUUGUCAAUAUCCGAUCGCACUGCUAGGCUUCAUCAUCAUCACAAUACUAGCUCUUUUCGUCUGUGUUGCAGUCUGCUGCAUUGACGCCACCAAGGUCAGAUCUCAUUUUGCGCUCCCUUGCGUGAUGCAACCAAGUUCAUCGAACAAAAGUUUCUAA